AUGCCAUUCGUUCGAAAAAGCGCUAUUCUCCCAACAUUGAUCCUUGUCGUUCUCCUAUAUAUUAUUUUCUCGACUUUGCCCCCCAGUGAAGAGACACCGUAUACCAGGGAGUAUGUACAGCAAGCUAUCCCAACUGGAAGCUCAAAGAACAGCGGUGAUGAUAUCCAUUGGUCGAAGCACCCGGAAUUGAACCCUGUGGAAUCAUAUAUUCCCCUUCCGACCGGUGUGCCGAAGCCCAUCCCGCGGAUCCAACAUGAAUUCGAGACAGAGUCAUGGCUCAGCCGCUGGCAGCGGGUCAAAAAACAGCAGGAGGUGAAGAGGGUGUUCCAGCGUUCCUGGAAGGGAUAUAAAAAGCAUGCCUGGUUACGGGACGAGUUGUCUCCGCUCAGUGGUACUCACAGGGACGCCUUUGGCGGCUGGGCUGCCACCUUGGUAGAUUCGUUGGAUACGCUUCUCAUCAUGGGCAUGAACGAGGAGUUCGAGGAAGCGCUGGCCGCCCUCGAUCAAAUUGACUUCACCACCACCGACUCAAUGGUAAUCAACAUCUUCGAAACCACCAUCCGUUAUGUCGGCGGUUUCUUGGGGGCCUAUGACCUGACCGAUGGGAAGUACCCCAUCCUUCUGAAAAAGGCAACUGAGGUAGCCGACAUGAUCUAUGAUGCAUUCGAUACCGAGAAUAGGAUGCCACAGUCCCGAUGGGAAUGGACAAGAUCUACACAGGGGUUGGCGAUCUUGCCGAGUCGAAACACUAUUCUCGCGGAAAUAGGUUCUCUGAACCUAGAGUUUACUCGCUUGUCGCAGCUGACGAACGAUUCGAAGUACUUCGACGCCAUCCAGCGAGUCACGGAUUUUCUUGAAACUAGUCAGGAGCAAACGAAAUUGCCAGGCCUAUGGCCGGUUACGAUGGACGCAUACCGACUGGAAUUCCUGGACCAUCGCUUUACUGUCGGAGGGAUGGCGGAUUCGACCUACGAGUAUCUUCCAAAGGAGCACGUCCUGCUCGGCAGCCAAACAAACCAGUAUCGAAAGAUGUAUGGAAUCGCCAUGGAGACAAUCAAGGAGCAUCUUCUGUUUCGCCCGAUGGAUGAGAACGGCAGCGAUGUCCUGUUUGCCGGCAACGUCAACAUCGGGACGAGCACGGGCAAGAAAAACAUGGAGUACCGAGCCGAGCACCUCAAGUGUUUCCUAGGUGGCAUGGUCGGGAUCGGUGCCAAGGUCUUUGAGCGUGCAGAGGAGCUCUCGAUUGCACGCAAACUGGUUGACGGGUGCAUCUGGGCGUAUGAUCUCAUGCCGACGGGGGUCAUGCCGGAAGUCUUCUACGUCAGUGCCUGUAGAGGCUUGGACGCCUGCUCCUGGGACGAGGAGAAAUGGCGUGGCGACGUGCUGGAGAAAUUGGGCCGGUAUGCGCAUUCUGGCGAUCGGGCCUAUGAUGCCCAGCGUAUCAUAAAGGAUCAUAAGCUGCCACCAGGCAUCUUCGAUAUCACCGACCCUAGCUAUAUUCUAAGACCCGAAGCCAUCGAAUCUAUCUUUGUCUUGUAUCGAAUCACAGGAGACAAGACGCUACAAGAUGCCGCAUGGCGAAUGUUCCGCAAUAUCGACAGAUUGACGAGAACCGACUACGCGAACGCGGCGGUCGACGAUGUGCGGAACGCGAGCACCACCAAGCAAGACUACAUGGAGAGUUUCUGGAUGGCGGAGACCCUGAAGUAUUUCUACCUCAUCUUCUCCGAGCCGGACCUUGUCAGUCUCGACAAGUUUGUGCUGAAUACCGAAGCCCAUCCGUUCCGACGUCCUGACGCUAUGUCAUGA